UCUGCAGAUGGACAUCGGUAGCGACAGGGUUACGGUUCGAGGGGAGAGGCUCGAUGCUACCAUUCUGUACGAUAAGGUUCUCUCGGUGCACGACAGAACGAUCGAUGGGUGCGGGACGAAAGUUUCCAGGAGGUUUCUUGUGACGACUCGCCUCUCGGCUGUGAACAGCAAGGAGCUGGAGGUCCUGAUCACAGCCGACGAGGAGCCUUGCCUCUUCUUGAACCUCAAGAUCCAGGAAGACGAUUUCCAGGCGCUCAAGUCGCAGCAGGGUCUCCUGGUCGAUUUCCAGACCUUUCCGCAGAGGUUUCUGGACCUUCUGGACCUCUGUUCCAGAGAUGGCGAGAAUGAGCACCCGAGAUUUUUGCUUCACUUGAGUAACGUGGAGAGGGGCGGUCAAGGGCCGGCGAGGCAGUAUCUGCUGGAGGUGGUCGAGUCCAAUCCCUUCAAGCACCUGUGUCACCUGGCGCUGAAGCUCAACCAGGGGACGGAUUCCCAAGUGAAGAACUUCCUGGCUGCGACCCUGCUCAGGCUCAAGACCGAGAAGGAGCAGCUCCAGCUGAGGCUGAGGGGGACCGAGGACAGCCUGGCGAAGCAGCUGGAGGGCCUGCAGAUCGAGCUGGACCGGCGGACGCAGGAGGUCGACAGCGCGAGGCGGGAGCUCAAGGAGACGACGGCCAUGUUCACGUCGCGGCUGGAGAAGGAUCUCUACGCGGAGCGAGACAAGGCGUCGCAGACUCAGAGCACAUGCAUAGCCAAGUACGAGACGCAGUUGAAAGAUCUCGAGCAGAAGCAUGCAAGAACUUCUCAGCAGUUGGAGGCUCGGAUCACGGGGCUCGAUGCGCAUAAUCGGGAUCUGCAGGAGAAGAAGGUCCAGGCUGAAGCUCAUGUGAGGGAGCUGCGAGGAAAGUGCUCCAGUUUGGAACUGGACGCCAGUCGCCUCCGUCAGGAACUGAACUCGACGCGACAGCAGUUGGGGUCCCGGGAUUCCGAUGCCGCCACCAGGGAGAAGGAGCUGGCGCAGCUGCGAACCCGGCUGGCCGUCUCGGAGCAGGAGGCCAGAGACAGGGACCUGGUUGGCAAGAGGCAGUUGGAGCUUCUCUCCUCGGCACAGGAACAGAAGUCCCGGCUGGAGACUCAGUUGGAGGCCCUGGGUGCGACGCUGGUUCGUAGGGAAGAAUCCAUUCGAGGCAUGUCUCAGGAGCUGUUCAAGGCCAACCAGAUCAUCAAGAAGUUACAAGAUGAAUUACAUGCCCAGCUCAACAAGCUCAAGCUGAGGACUCAGGUGGCUACAGAGCAAGAGAAAGUCAUCGGCGAGAAAGAGGCCGAGCUGAAGAGUUUGAAGGAGGAGGUGGAGGCGAGAUGCAGAGAGCUGAGAAGAGCAGAAGACGAGAAGCAGAAGCUGGAAGAGCGGAACCAGGAAUUGGAGCAGCGAAUCAGGGAUUCCGAGAAGAUCAUCAAGACCAAUGAAAAUGUGAUAAACUGGCUGAACAAGCAAGUGACAGCAGGGAUGCAGAUAGGGGGAGGGAGGGAUCAUUCGGGUCCCUCACUGGUCUCCUCGACCCCGUCCUUGCCGUCGUCGCGGCUUCCUCCUCUCGGCGUUGCUGCGCCUGCACAGAUGCCGAGUGCCAUCAGGGACAUACCAAGUGGAUUUAAUCCCAAAGAUAAAGAAAACGAGCAGCCGAUCCCCAGCAGCUACCUCCAGCCUGUCAUGGAGAACCCCAUUCUCGUGUCUGGACUGAUGAGAGCUCCCACCCCGGUCCUGGAGAUCCCCUCUGUGGGCUUGAGCAACAAGAGCGCCAUACCCCGGAGAAACUACUCCUCGAAGCGCAACCCGGGCCACAAGACCAACUCCCCGCCGAUCAUCUCGGCCUACUUCCAGGAAAAGGGAUCGUGAACGGCGGUCCGAAGCAUCCACGGGUUCGAUGGGGGAGCGAGGCACCGCAGGUUCGCGACGGUCGCUCUUCCCGACCCGUCUUCCUCGUUUUGCCAUGAGUUGAGCCAUGCUCCAGCCAGUCACAUCCUUUGGAUCAUCUUGGCUGCAAUGACAGUGAUUGCUACAGGCAAGAGGAUUCUAGUACAGCCUUGUCGAUUCUCUCGGGACUUGACGGCAAGUCACCACCGAUUGUCAGAACCUACCUCUGGGACCGUGGAACAAUAAAAAAAUUUUAUCUGCUCG